CCUUCCCAGUGCCGUCCUUACAGUAGUUUGCAGAUGCUAGCGAGUCUAGGAGGUGGUUAUAGUCCUGGUUCAGGCUUGAGCGCAACUUUAGGCCAUCCUCGAGUAACAUCUUCCUCUGGUUUUCCAAGCAUGACAACAAUUACACGCUCCAAUCAGACACGUCUUGAGCAUGCUAGCACCUCAUUGCCACACAAUCCAAGGAAGAAGACUCGAGGAAAGGCAGUGAAGCCACCUAGUAUUGGUCAACCAUCACUACCGACAGUCCGUAAUUGUAUCAGCCAGGCGGAAGGGGGGGUAGAAGUUGCAAAUGUUGAUUUUUUGGUCUAUCCUCCCAUGCCACCCACCUCAAUUCAGAAUCAUUUUGGACUACCAAGACACACAUAUGUUUAUAGCAGAAAUACCGAGAGCCUGAAGCUUAUCCUUACUAAGCUGGGAUUCUUUUUCGAAUUCAAUCAUCUUCCUAUUGCAACACCUAUCUGUGACAUCAUUGCAUAUGCUGUAGGAAAGAUCCGUGAGCAAUAUACGCCUGAGGCUCUACCAGACAUUAGUAUUCCACUUGCUGGUCAUGAACGCUUUCCAUUGCAGCUUCUGGGAUUCACCAAUCGUGGGAGAGCAAAUGGGGUGCAUGCAGCUCCCAGGCUUACCACAGUGUCAUUUCCAGCCACAAUGACUUUGCAGGAUGUUCUUUCGAAUACUCGGGACUUUGCAAUUGACAGAUGGUCGGUGACACAUCAAAACCGUUUCCAGUUAAAUUCAAUUAUCCGAACCUACCCAUUUGAGGCUCAGUUCAGCUUAUCAGAUGUCUAUCUUGGCCAAGAUGUAAAUAUACGCACCCAUCGUUGUCUUUCGAAGAGAUUAUACAAAAUGUUUGCCCAUGAUAGCGAUGCA